AUGAUACCCUCCAAGAUGAUGAGUGCUAAUCCUGAAGAAGACCCUUUGGACACUUUUCUCCAGUAUAUUGAGGACAUGGGGAUGAAGGCAUAUGACGGUCUGGUUAUUCAAAAUGCAUCCGACAUUGCUCGCGAGAAUGAUCGCUUGAGAAAUGAAACAAAUCUGGCUUACCUGAAAGAGAAGAAUGAGAAACGGCGAAGACAGGAAGAAACAAUCAAACGCAUAGGGGGAGAAGUAGGGCGAAGCCAGGACGCCAGCUACGCAGGCAAGCACUUCCGCAUGGGGUUCAUGACGAUGCCUGCCCCUCAGGACAGACUCCCGCAUCCCUGCUCCAGUGGUUUCACCGUGAGGUCUCAGUCCCUGCACUCCGUCGGGGGCACUGAGGAUGACAGCAGCUGUGGAUCCCGGAGACAGCCACCUCCCAAGCCCAAGCGAGACCCCAGCACCAAGCUCAGCACCUCAUCGGAGACAGUCAACAGCGCUGCAGCCAGUAAAAGUGGGAGACCUCUGGAGAGGGCGGAAGUGUCUGCCAAGCCAAGACCCCACAGUGACGAAUACUCGAAGAAAAUUCCCCCUCCAAAACCAAAACGCAACCCUAACACUCAGCUUAGCACGUCGUUCGAUGAAACCUACAUCAAAAAGCAUGUGCCAAGGAGAACCUCGCUCCCAAGAGAUUCAUCCCUGUCUCAGGUCUGCAGCCCUGCAGCAGACCCUGAGGAAGAGGAACCUGUGUACAUCGAGAUGGUGGGUAACAUUCUUAGAGACUUCAGAAAGGAGGACGAUGACCAGAGUGAGGCUGUGUACGAGGAGAUGAAAUACCCCAUUUUCGAUGACCUAGGCCAUGAUUCCAAAUGUGACUUUGAUCAUCACAGCUGUUCUUCGCAGUGUGCUACUCCCACGGUGCCUGACCUGGACUUCAUCAAGUCUUCAGGACCAUGUACUCCGAAGGGUCUGCUUUGUGAGAUACCCCCACCCUUCCCCAACUUGCUUUCUCACAGACCACCCCUGCUGGUGUUCCCGCCAGCCCCAGUACACUGCUCCCCCAAUUCUGAUGAGUCUCCGCUGACCCCUCUGGAAGUCACAAAGCUUCCUGUGUUGGAAAACGUGUCUUACAUGAAACAGCCACCUGGGGCAUGUCCACCCUCCCUGCCAUCGCACACCUCCAGCCACGCUAAAGACCAGAGCGGAGCCCUAGGCCCUGCGCCUGCGUCCUCUGUGCUCUCUUCAUCCCCUCCACCUCCAUCCACUUUGUACAGAACCCAAUCUCCUCAUGGCUAUCCAAAAAGUCAUUCCACCUCCCCAUCCCCCGUCAGCAUGGGGAGGUCCCUGACGCCCUUGAGUCUCAAGAGGCCUCCCCCCUAUGAUGCUGUGCAUUCCGGCAGCCUCUCAAGAAGUUCUCCCUCAGUGCCUCACUCGACCCCUAGACCCGUGUCGCAAGAUGGGGCCAAGAUGGUCAAUGCCGCGGUGAACACUUACAGCGCUUCUGUGCAGAGUGGCUCCAGGUCCCGGACACCCACCAGUCCUUUGGAGGAGCUCACCAGCCUUUUUACCUCAGGGCGGAGCCUGCUGAGGAAGUCAUCCAGCGGCCGAAGGUCCAAAGAGCCUGCAGAGAAAUCCACUGAGGAGCUGAAAGUCCGAAGCCACAGCACGGAGCCAUUACCAAAGUUGGACAGCAAAGAGAGAGGUCAUCACGGAGGAGCAGCUUCCUCCAGAGAGCCAAUGAAAACUCAAGAAUGGGAUGGAACCCCAGGUCCACCUGUGGUCACCAGCAGAAUGGGCAGAUGCUCUGUGAGCCCCACCUUGUUGGCAGGAAACCACAGUUCAGAACCUAAAGUAAGCUGCAAGCUAGGCCGGUCUGCAUCCACAUCAGGAGUUCCUCCUCCUUCAGUUGCUCCUCUCAGACAAGCCAGUGACCUACCACAGAGCCAGGUGGCAUGCAUGCAGUGGUUUCAUGGAGACCAUACAAUGCUUGAGAUGAUUGAGAAAAAGCGUUGCUUGUGCAAAGAAAUAAAGGCUAGACAGAAAACGGAAAAGGGCCUUUGCAAACAGGAUAGCAUGCCAAUCCUACCCAGCUGGAAGAAGAGCGCAGGAACAAAGAAGUACAGCCCUCCUCCCUAUUCUAAACAGCAAACGGUAUUCUGGGAUACUGCCAUCUGA